CUACUGCCAGCCUCAUGCUGUUGAGCGUAGUGGUAUUGUUUUGUCAUUGGAAAAUUUGUAACCUAAAAGAAAAUUAACUACUUUCUCCAAGCCGUUCGGUCGAUUAUAAAUUUUUAUCAUGUUCAGCGUACCCGAAUCUGAAUUUGCUCAAAGAUGUUUGGAAUCUCAUAAUAAAUAUCGGGCUUUUCAUGGCUCGUCCCCACUGACGCUCAAUAAAACGCUGUCCGAUUACGCGCAAGAGUGGGCGAAUGAUCUGGCUUCUAGAGAAGUCAUCGAGCACAGAGAGUCUAGCCAAUAUGGUGAAAAUUUAUAUACAAAUUAUAGCGAUGAUAAGGAAUGGAAAGUGAAGCCGUCGGAUCCCGUUGAAUCAUGGUAUACGGAAAAAGAGAAAUAUACAUUCGGAGAAGAAAGUCCGACGAAUACCCAAGACGUGGGCCAUUUCACUCAGAUUGUCUGGAAGGAAACCAAGGAAAUGGGCGUGGGUGUGAAAUUUGGAAAGAAUGGCCACGUCUACGUUGUCUGCAAUUAUGAUCCACCGGGAAACAUUGCAGGCAAAUAUGAAAGAAAUGUUCAGCGUGGAGAUACGAGCAAGGUUGAUGAAAAAGGACAUAAAGAGGACAAGAGAUCUUCAAAGGACAGAAGGGAAUCCUUGAUCAACGAUCUGACGCAGUUUCCCAGUAAAAUAAUACUUACGAAAUCUGACGAGGAAUUGGGAAUUCGUCUAGUUCAGCCAAACCAAAAAUUAUUCAACUCAAUGGAAAAGUUGGCGGCGGUGCCUUCGGAAAAGUUAAGGGUGUGGACAGUGUGGCUUGAGAAAGUUAGCGACGAAUCGAUUCUUUGGUCCAAAUGGUUACGCGGCCACAUAGAUCUGGUUAUAAGAAUCAAAUCGUACCUGGACCAACUGGAUGCUGGAGAAUCGAAGGACACGGAAGCUGAGAUUGAACAAAUUGACAGUAUACGGGAGAUAAAAGGGGAUGCUGGGGAUGCUGGGUAUGUAGAGAAUCUCGCAAGGACGAAAUCUCGACGGAGUCGUAAAGAUACAAAAGAAUCUAUCGGGAGUCGUGAGAAGUCUGCAAAUAUUGUUACGGAUACUGAGAGAGGGGAAAUCACGAAAAAUGACGUGGGUCCAGAAUCAACCGUAAAUCUAGACAAGAAGAAGGAGGAUACUGAAGAUUCGAAUGAACCGAAAGUCGUUGAAUCCAAUAGAGAGACGAAGCGCAAAGUUUCAGGAUCAAGAGAAGCGAGAAAAGAAUCGAAAGAAAUGACGAAAAAGGAUACGGAGAAACAAAAAAGCAGUGGCGAGAUAAAUAAUAAAUCCUGGCCAAUUGGAGUCACAUGGAAGCCUCGUGAAUCCCAGAAGAGAAAGAAGGAGAGAGAGGAAAAUGAAAAAAGGCUUUCGUUCGAUAAAAUUUCCAUGCCAAAAACCAAAGAGGAGAUGGAGCUGCUGACAAAAUCAGUGCGACGCAACGCCACGAUCUACAGGUCGCUCCACAAGCACUGGCUGGAGACUGGAAAUCAGGCCCUCGGAGAGAUGCUGGGAAGGGCUGUAAUGCCCACGUCGAAGUUGCCUUUUUAUUCCUACGAGGAUGUACCCUACGACUUUCACCUGAAGGCCGACGUGGACAUCGAGAUUGGGGUCGAUCACGACGACGAGGAAGUCUUAUUGCCCGACGAGACACGUGAACGGGUAACAAAGAACUACGAGCAUCUGUACUUCAAUCUCCUGGAGAAGCCAGGAAAAGGUGGAAAGCCAUGGUUCUGAUUGAAGAUUUAUCAAAUGCGAUAUAAAUAUAGGAAACAAUAGUACAGUCCCUUAGGAAAUCGUGUAGCAGACGUAAUAUAUUUUUCAUCGACUAUAUAUAUAUAUAUAUAUACUCGCUAUAUGAUUCAUGAAAUCAUGAGGUACCGGCAAUAAGAUAGAUCCAAAAAUGUCGUAGAAAGUUUGUUGGCUCGUGAUAGCCCAUGGUAGAGGGUAAGAGAAUAGUAGAGGAGGCGGAUGAAGAAAAUUCGUAAAAAGUACCAAUUUAUAGUACGAGGGAUGUAUUUAUAUUUGAUUAAGAAAACGGAUCGGCCUUUUAUUAAACUGACGAUCAAAACACGCGAACCAGUGAUAACGUUAAAUUUACUGUAUCCAGAUAAAUGUACUGCGUGAUGCUUUGAGUGCGUGAAAUGGCGGGCUGAUUUAAGGGCGUUUCAGAGAAUUUCGAUAGAUUAAUCAAGAGUAAGGGUGUCAAUGGUAAUUGGAUGCAGAGUUCAUGCGGCGUGCAUAUAUGUAUGUAUAUAUAUAUAUACGUUUAUAUGCAUGUACACGUGUAAAUAUAAAAUUACCCCAGAGACACCAGAAGUCCUUUGGGGAAUUCGACCGACCCGGAAACGUAGAGAUGGUUGUUGAAAAUUUGUAACAGGAUUUCGCAAGCUGUGGAUAAGUGGGUUUGGCGAAAAGGUGUCAAAUAUCACGGCAGAUAAAUAAGGGUGGGUCAAUGUUUGAAAUUGAAAUCAAUGCCCACCCUCGGUCAUCCCUUAUUUCAUUAGAUGCUGGAAUACUUCGAUUUUAUUAUUCUUUAUAUUAUUCGCGUAUGUAGAGUUCGAUGCGUGAGUUCUUUACCCGAAUGGCUCAAUAUUUCAAGGUCACCCGGAUCUGUCUUUUUCUUUUUUUUAUGUUAUAUAGAAUUGCGAUAAAUAUACCUAUUUUUCUUUAUCUA